AUGAAGAAGAGCUGUACGAUCAAGACGCUUGGACCUUGCGUAGAGAUGCCCCGCCAGUCAAGCGGCCGGCUCAGGAAGGAUGGGAAGCCAUACCGCUUCGAUCUGUACGUUAGGGUCGAGUAUCACACAGAUCCACAGAAGAAUCCCGAUGCGAAGAGGCGUCCGAUCGUCGAAUGGUUGACGAGGACUGAAUUAGUGCAGCUAGUGGGCAAGAAGUACGAGGAGAAGCAAGAGAUAAUCUUGAUGGCGAAGUAUAAGAAGAGGCAGAGCUACUUUAACGAGUGCAAGAAGCGGCGUCUGCACCUAGAGACCAAGAACCCUCUUUCCGCUAGAGACUAUGACGAGUACCCAUGGCUAUUUCUAGAUGAUGGCGCUCCCAGGCCGUCGAAUAGGAAGCAAACGGAGGACGACGACGGAGAUGAAGAGAUGACGGGUGUGCGUGUUGAUGGAGAGGAUGACGAAGACUUUUCGGUUGCCUGA